CUCUUUUUUAGCUCCCUUCCCCAACUUCGAACCAAAACAGAAACCCCCCCUCUCUCCCUCCCCAAACACACUUUUCUUAUCACCCUUCCCGAGUCCCUUUCUCCUUUCAAAUCAACAUGGAAACCCCUCUCUCUCUCCCUCUCCACACGGGCACACUUUUUUUCCUUCUUGCUCUUGGGGAGAGAGAAGACUAAGAAGUUUUAAUGGGGACGCAGCAUCACAGAGUCUACUAUUUUCUUCAGCUAAGAAGAGGAGAAGGAGAGCCACAACUAAAGGCGAGCUGCAAGCUCCCUUCUCAGAUGUACUUCUUUGACAACUCCCCCAAGAAGCCCAAACGUCUUCUUCUUCGCCUUAUCUUCCUCUUGAUCCUCGCCUCUUGUAGCCUAUUCUUCUUCCCUCGACUCCUCUUCUGCUCCUCCUCUCAUCUUUGCCCUCUCUUCUACUCUUUUGGAGAUGAAGAGAAGCUGCAAGUCCUCCAAGUUGGAACAAGGGUCCCCUGUUCUUCUCCUAUCCCGAAUAACACUAUCUGCUGCGACCGCAGCGCCUUUCGCACCGAUGUUUGCUUCAUGAGAGGGGACGUUCGGACCCAGUCUUAUUCCAAGAGUAUUCUCCUUUAUCCCGGGAAUAACGCGUCUAUCCCCGCCCCGGCGACGGAGGAAAGGAUUAGGCCUUACACUCGGAAGUGGGAGACCAGCGUGAUGGCCACCAUCGAUGAGCUCCGCCUGACCGCCGCCGCCGGCGGUGGCGGCAGCGGUUGCGACGUCCGGCAUGCGGUCCCGGCGGUGGUGUUCUCCGCCGGUGGUUAUACCGGCAACGUGUACCAUGAGUUCAACGAUGGGAUUAUUCCACUGUUCAUCACUUCUCAGAAAUUUAACAGGCGGGUGGUGUUUGUUGUUCUGGAUUACCAUAACUGGUGGUUCACCAAGUACGGGGAUGUGCUAUCCCGCCUCUCAGAUCAUCCGCCGCUUGAUUUCUUUGGUGACUCGAGGGCUCAUUGCUUCCUGGAAGCCAUUGUUGGACUAAGAAUUCAUGAUGAAUUGACGGUGGACGCAGAGCGAAUGGAGAACAACAAAACAAUUUUCGACUUCCGCCAGCUUCUCGACGAUGCCUACCGGCCUCGAAUUCGAUCACUCGAAUAUGAUGAGCAGCAAACAAGCCCCUGGCCAUCAAUGAACAUUGCCAAGCGGCAUAAUUUGCGGAGUUCCUACCAACCGAAACUCAUGAUCAUGUCAAGAAAUGGAUCAAGAGCGAUCGAAAACGAGCUCAAGCUGGUGAAAUUAGGCGAAGAGAUUGGUUUCAUUGUCGAGAUAUUGAGGCCGGACCGGACGACCGAGCUGGCGAAGAUAUACCGAGCAUUGAAUUCAAGCGAUGCCAUGAUUGGAGUCCAUGGAGCAGCCAUGACUCAUCUGUUGUUCAUGAGGCCGGGUUCGGUGUUCAUUCAAAUUGUGCCGCUAGGGACCGACUGGGCCGCCAAGACCUACUACGGCGACCCAGCGGUGAGAAUGGGGUUGUGGUAUGUGGGGUAUAAGAUUCUAAAGAGAGAGAGCUCGUUGUACAGAGAGUAUGACAAAAGUGACCCAGUGCUAAGGGACCCCAGAAGUAUGGCCAAGAAAGGGUGGCAUGUGACCAAGAGAGUCUAUUUGGAUCGCCAGAAUGUGAAUUUGGAUUUGAAGCGGUUUAGAAAGCAUCUGAUUCGUGCUCACAAGUAUCUGGUUUCGAAGAAAAGAAUCAAACAUGGCAAGGAGAAGUAGCAUGAGGAGAGGUGAGCGGAUUAUCCUUGACUGUGAUUACAGAUUGUUUGGAUUAUUUCUUAUACGUUUUAUUUUUCGGCUAUGAGUGUCGAAAGAAAAGAAUCAACUGUCACACUAUUGUGGUUGUUCAGUUUCUUGCGUACAUAAUGAAACAGUAGUUGAGCUA